AUGCGACUUUCUCUCUCAAACUUUCUAUCCUUCUUCCUCCUCUCCUCACUCGCUGCCGCCCACGCCCAUGCCCACGACUCCAUUCCCCAGCGACGUUCGCGCUCCCUCAAGCUCCAGCGCAGGCAAAUCUCGCUAGACAUCCCAGUCCUCGAUGGCGUGUUAGGUGGUGGUGACGGCCCCCUCUUCCCAGGCUUCCCAGGCAGCGGCAACGACAACGACGACGACGACGAUGACCAGCCAGACCCAGCGCCGACUCAGGAAGAAGUCACCCUUCUUCCCCCGCCCAUGUCGACCAGCUGGGAUCCCGUGCCAGUGCCCACCCCGGAUGAAUCUUCUAGCGACUCUGUCCCAGAGCCCUCGCCAACGCCGUCGCCUGACCCGUCCAUCCCAGAGUCGUCGAGCGAACCAGUCCCAGAGCCCACCGAGUCCGUUCCUGAGCCGUCAGACCCCUCCAGCGAGCCCGUUCCUGAGCCGUCAGACCCAUCCAGCGAGCCCGUCCCAGAGCCUUCGACCGAGCCAUCAGCGCCGUCGAGCGAGGAACCCGAGCCAGCGCCCACAUCUGCGCCAUCAUCAUCAUCUACGCCCAGCGGUCUCUUGCCCACACUCACUUCAAUUGUGGGCGACGUGACUUCAGGCCUUGGCUCAAUCGUCACCGAGGUGCUGCCCAUCCCCACCCCCUCCUCGUCUGUCCCUGUCCCAGAGCCAUCCGUCCCAGAGCCGUCGCAGCCAGAGCCGUCCAUCCCAGAGCCUUCGCUCCCGCUGCCCUCUGACCCCGUCCCAGAGCCAUCGGAUCCUGUUCCUGAGCCGUCUGACCCCGUUCCCGAGCCUUCAGAGCCACCCGUCCCAGAGCCAUCAGACCCCCUCCCUUCGCUCCCCCUCCCAUCUGUCUCGCUCCCCCUCCCAUCCAUCUCAAUCUCCCUUCCGCUCCCAUCCACCACUGAAGACCCCGGCACUGAUCCCUCUACCUCCGAGGAACCCGGUCCUGGUCCCACCUCUGAGGAACCUGGCCCUUCAGUUUCUGUCUCAGAUCCCCCCAUUUCUGAGCCAACUCCUGGUCCAUCCGGUCCCUCUGUUUCUGACCCAGGACCCUCUAUCUCUGACCCAGGACCGUCUAUUUCCGAUCCACCCAUCUCUGAGCCAACCCCCGGUCCCUCAGGCUCUGUCUCCGUCUCCAUCUCUGAACCACCCAUCAGCUUCCCCAGCGGCAGCGUGACCCCCAGCCUCGAGCCUGAAGUCCCAGAGCCCUCCGAGACGCUCUCUGCGCCUAUCGACACGUCCGUCGGCAUCGACCCAGGCCUCUCCUUUGUGCUCACCGAAUCCCAGCUGGCGAUCAACACCUUGCCCUCGUCCACGAUCACCCCCACCAUCAGCGACCCCGACCAAGCUACCGCCACCCCCGAGCCCAUCGUCACACAAUCCGCUACCCAGUCCUUUAGCGCCGCACCUCUUCCCACGGGUAUUCCCAACAAGAUUUACCCCAACAAGCGCAUUGGUGAGGACGAGGAUUUGACUGGCUUCACUUUGAUCAGCAUCCUCUUCAAUCGGGAGCUUAACUGGCCGCAUGUCAUCCGCAACGAGAACGCCUCCAGCCAGAUCUUUGCGUAUACACCCAUGGUCAUCGCUAACACUCUCGAAAUCGGAACCUCCUCGAUCAAGACGUACGCUCUCCAGGUCUACAUCCCGACCUCCUACACAGGCCCAGCGGACCAAACUGAGCUAGGCACCAUGUACCUCGCGUACAUUCCCACCGAACUCGUCGACACCCUCGCAGCAGCCAUCAAGACGCGCAACUCCAAGUUCUACACCGCGACCCCAGGCAUCGCCGGCGACCUCGCCAAGUACGUCAACUCUGGUUUCGCCCUCCGCUCCGUCCAAGACCCGGGCGUAGGCAACAACUCAGGCACAAACGGGAACGGUGCACCGGGCAACACAGGCGCGACCUCUUCCGACGGUAAGAGCCGACAGGACGCUAUCAUCGGUGUCGUCUCGGCCCUGGGCGCCAUCGCGCUCUUCGUGCUCAUCUUCCUCGUCUAUCGCUCGCUCAAACGCCGACGCGAACUCGCCCACCGACGACUCUCCGACCCGCCCAACGCCGACGCCCAUGGGUACCGCCCUGAAGGCCGCGAAUUCGACCAAGAUUCCAUCGGUGGUCAGCGACGAAGGUCGUUCUAUUUCGCGGAGGAUUCGUUGAGGGGUUAUGCCGGUGCUGCUGCGCAGCAGGAGUAUACCUAUAACCAUCAUCAGCAGAGUCAGCAGCAGAUGAGCCAGAGGAGGAACAUCAACGUUAACCCUAACGCCAUCUCGGCGCCGAUCUUGAGGGAUAACACGAUGAACUGGUAGUAAGGUUUUUGGGUGUGCGUGUGGCGGAUGUAAUGGUCUUUGCGGUGUUGUGGUGUCGUUCCGGACGAUGUGGUGGUGGUAGUGGGUUGAAGCGU